AUGGUUCGCGCAAUGAGCUUGAUCAUCACCGACUGGCUUCGAUACGGUUUAGCACAUGUGCUAAUAAUGUACAUGUAUACAGCAUUCUUCAACACUCUUGGGAAUUUCUUCCCAACAUGGAUCAUACCGGUGUUUUGGAUCAAAAGAAUUGGAUAUGGACAUCUCGUCUACAUCAUUGUUAGCAAUAUAUGGCGAAUGUAUUAUUAUCCGCCUGGACCACCACCGUUACCAAUUGUUGGUAACACCCUAUCGAUAAAAGUAUUGACCCCGGAACAAACGUUUUUGGAAUACAGAGAGUGCUAUGGACCAGUGUUCACACUUCAUAUUUCCCAGCCAACUGUUAUUUUGGCAAAUUACGAAUCUAUUCAUGAGGGCAUGAUAACAAACGGAAACAUCACAUCAGGACGAUCGAGUGCUGAGUCUUUCGUUUUAUUCCUUAAUGAUCGUGUCAAUGGAGAUGGAGUCAUAUUGGCAAUGCGCCAAAAAUGGAAGGAAAUGCGAGCUGAGAUUACAAGAUUCAUGGGGCAUUUGUACGGAUCCCAGUUGGACGAAUUGAUCAUGCAUCACUCGAGAACAUUGGAAUCUGAAAUCAAAAAAGUUGCUGAUUACAACGGAUUGGUGGACUUGAGAGAACCGUUUAGUGGAGCAAUUGCAAAUGUCAUUCAACAGAUCACUAUCGGGAAAACGUUUCUGUUCAAUGAUGAGGAAUUCCAAUCACAACUUCGAGAUAUUAACACCGUUGUGCGAGAAAUCAUGACUGGUGAAGUAUUCCUGGUAAACAGUUGGCCAAUCCUCAAAAAACUGCCGGAGUGCUUCUUGCGGAAAUGGACAAAUUACAAGAAAAGCGGUUUUCGUCUACAGAAUUGGUUCAGAACCAUUCUUGAAGAUCAUUUGAUCAACAAAUAUCAAGGAGACUUUAUGUCAUACAUGGUUGAGCGUAAAGAGGACGGAAAACAGAACUUCAGCGACCUCUCAAUCAUUCUUGUCUGUGGAGAUAUUUGGACAGGUGGUAUGGAGACAACAGUGACAACACUACGUUGGGGAAUCAUCUACAUGCUGUUGAAUAUGGACAUUCAAAAGAAAUGCCAUGAUGAAGUUGUUGAAGUAUUUGGGCACAAUGAGCCGGAUAUGCGCCGAAUGCAGGAGACUCCCUAUGUGAGAGCAGUGCUCUCAGAGAUUCAGCGACUUGCCAACGUUUUGCCAUGGGCUAUUCCACACAAAGCACUGGAGGAAUGCACAAUUGGAGGAUAUAGAAUUCCAGUCAAUACUGAAAUUAUUCCUGGACUUGGUGCAGUUCUUAACGAUCCAAACGUGUUUGAGAACCCAGAGGAGUUUAAUCCUGAACGAUUCUUGGACGAGAAAGGUUGCUACAGUCCCGUAGAGCAAUUCCGUCCAUUCGGACUUGGACCACGAAUCUGCCUUGGUGAAAAAAUUGCUAGAGCGGAACUAUACUUGAUCUUCUGUAGUUUAAUGCAGAAUUUCGAGUUCUGGCUCGACGCUAAUGACCCAAUUCCAUCGACUGAGCGCACUGUUGGAGGAAUUACCGCGCCACCAAAGCCAUAUGUUUGCCGAGUGCGGAAUUACAAUAUUCGCAAAAUUGAUUGA